AUGAAAGAUCAUUAUGAUUGUAACAUAGUAUCUGAAAAAAAUGAAGACGAGAUUUAAGUGAAGAACAAAUAAAUUAAUUAAUUGAAAAUGGAAAUUGAAAAAUAAGUAUAAUUAGCAUAAUUAGACUAAAUAUAAUAAAAUGCCAAAAAUUUGAAUGAUGAAUUUGAAGUUGAAAUAAUUUCAUAAGACAAUUAGAAAAAUAUUCCUUUUAGUCAAAAUAAAGAUUUAAAUUAUUGCAAUGUGAAUAGAAAUCAAGAAUUCUAAAAUGUUAAUUAAAUCUGUAAUCUUAGAUUAAAUAAUCAAAAUAAUUAAACAGGAAUUGAUACUAAAUAGUAUAAGCAAGAAAAAAUAUAAUAAAAUAUUGAAUAAUAAUAUAAUAGUGAUAGUAGCAAUAACACUGAUGAAGUUGAUAGUUUGGAUGCUUAAUAAAAUUAACCUUAUUUUAAUGAGAAUCAAUAAAAGGUUGAAAAUAAAGAUUAAAAAUAAGCAGAAAAGAUUACAGAUAGAGCUUAAAAAUAAGCAUGGUUACUGAAAAAUAGAAUGAAAAGACAUGAAAAUUAAGGUGAAAAGAAUAAUAAUGAAAAUUUAGAUGUCUUAGAAAUUAUAAACAAUGGUAAGAAGACAGAAUCUGAUCUUUUUGAAUAAGGAUUAUUUAAAAGAACUGAUUAUAAUGUUUAAAAUACAUUAGAUUAAAAAUAGUUUUAAUUAAAAAAAGAAUUGUACAAAUCAGAUUUUGAGAGAUCUUAACUUUAAUCUAAUUUAAAUAAAUCAAAUCAAGAAUAAAAGUAAAUUGAUAAUUUAGAAUCUACUCUAAUGAAGAAAUAAUAAAUUAAGAAUAAUCUAGUUAAAGAUGUUUCUAAUUAAAAAGAAUUACAACAGAAUUUGGAUGUUAAGAAAAUAUUUGAAAAAAGAUUUGAAUUAUAGAAAGAUGGUUGGGAUGUUUCAAAACAUAUUAUUACAAGCACUGAGAAUAAUAUAGAUUAAGUGAAAACUCCAUUUUAAUUACAACCAAUUAAUUAGCUUUAUUAAAUUAUUAAUGGCCCAAAUUAAAGAACCAUUAAUAGUUAUUUUUCUCCAAAAAAUCCUUUGAAUUAACCUCAUUCAUUUUUAUAAAAAUAAUAAGGAAUUGAUAAUACUUAAAUAAAAUAAUAAAAUUAAAAUAACAAAUAAGAGAAACACAGUUUUAUUUAAAAAUGUGAAGAUGGUUCAAUUAAAUAUAACAAAGAUCUUGGAAAUUCACUGAAAUAUACUGGAAAAGAUUAAUUAAAUAAUUAGAAAAAAACAAAUUAUUAAGAAAUUAAAUAAUAAUAAUAUCCAGAAUUAUCAUUAUAAAAACAAUUAAAGUUAUAAGAAGGUGUUAAAAAAAGUCUUCAUUAAUUAGACUUAAAAUAAUAAUAAUAGCCUUAAUAAUUAACUUAAAGAGAGAAGGAAAAAAAGAAACUUGAAAUGUAAUUACAAAUCUUAGAUAAUCCAUUAAUCAAAUAAUAAGGUUAAAAAGAAACAGAAGAAUUAUUAAAUGAGGAUAAACAUGAAUUAAGAUCUAUAAAAAUAGAAAAAAAAAAGGUUGCUGAAUCUUAAAGAUUAUCAAAAUUCAAAAUGAUGCUAGAUAACAAUACAGGAGAAUCAUUUUAAAUUGGAAAGCCUAUUUUUGAGUUUAAUAGAUUACUAAAAUAUUUGUUCCUUAAGAAUUACGAUAUUCCAGAUAUAUCAGAUUAGGAAUAGAAAGUUAUACCAAAUAAAUUUGAAAGUGCAGAAGAAUAUUGUAAGAUUUUUGAAUACUUAUUCUUAAAUGAGGCUAGUGCUUAAAUAAAAUAAGAAUUAAUUGAAUUUUUGAAAAAAACUGAAAAGACAAAUAAAUAUCGUAAAGUAUAAAUAAAAAUUGAUGAAAAUGAUAAUGAAUCAGAAGGAACAAUUUUUGUUAUGAGAGGACCUUAAACUAAUUAAUAAUAAUAAGAAUCUUAAAUUGAUAAUAAAUAAUAAAAAAGAUAAGAUGAUAUUGAUUAAAAUUAAUCAGAAAAUUUAUAAUUUAAUUAUGAUAAUAUUAAAGAUGGAGUAUGUGAUUUGACAACACAUAAAAAUUAUAUUUUUAUAAUUUCAACAAAAAUUAAAAUAAAGCUAAGAGAGAUUAAUUAAUUACAAGGAAAUAAUAUGAUCUUUUUUGGAAUAUUAAUAGACCCUUAAAAAGCAUAAUAUUUGUAGUAAAUAAGAAUAUAAUCUUUUGUAAAUAAAAAAAGUUUAGAUGUAAAUUAAUGGUAUAAUGUUUUUUUAUUUCCAUUUUCUAAAAUUACAACUUCAAUUCGUGAAUAUUAAAUGAUAACAAAAUUAAAUCAUAAAACUCCUCUUGCAAGUUUAAUUUAUAACCCAACUAACUCAUAAUCAUUGAUUGGUUCAGAUAUAGGAGGAGGUUGGACAGUUUAAUUUUAAAAUCAAAUAUAAAAUAAAGAAUUAUUAGACUCUUUUUUUCAAAUUGCUGAUUAAAAAUAUAAUGAGACUCAAUCAAAUUCAAUAAAAGAGAUUAUUUUAAAAGAAAAAGGAAUUUGUUUAUUAUAAGGACCGGUAUUUAUUAUAUUAUAUUUUUUAAGCCAGGGACUGGAAAAACACAUACUUUAAUUGGUUUAUUAUCUGGUGUAUAUGAGUAUAUGAAAUAAAUGAAUAAAUUUCCAAGAAAAAAAAUAUUAGUAAUAUAAUUAUAAAUUAUUAUAGAUUUGUGCACCUUCUAAUGCUGCUAUAGAUGAGAUAAUUCUAAGAAUACUUUAAAAAGGAGGAUUAUUCGAUUCAAAGGGUAAUUCUAGAUAGGCAAAUGUUAUUAGAAUAGGUUUACUUGAUGAAGAAAAUGUUCAUUCUGAUAUAAUUAAGAAAGUUUCAUUGGAAGAUUUAGCAUAACAUAAAUUAUUUUCAACUUAAAAAUUUAAUGCUGAAUAAGAUUAAAAAACUACUGCAGAUUUAAGAAUUGAAUUAUGCUAGAUUUAAAAUCAUAUUAAAAAAUUAGAAAAAAAAUUAAAUUAACAUGGAUUACCUAGUGAUGAAAGAAAAAUAAUAAAAGAUCAAAUGAAUUAAUUUAAUGAUUUGAGAAAAUCUAAAUAAGAAUACUUAGAUAAGACAAGAGAAAAUAAAAAAAUUUAUAAAGAAUUUUAUAAUUAAUUUUGUGAAAAGUUAUUAAAUGAUGCUGAAAUUAUAUGUAGUACUUUAAGUUCUAGUGGAUCUGAUAAAUUAUCUAAAUAUUUGGAUUAGAUAGAAUUAUUGAUAGUUGAUGAAGCAGCUUAAUGUACUGAACCAUCUAAUAUCAUACCUUUAAGAUUAGGAAUACAGAAAAUGAUAUUGAUAGGUGAUCCUAAAUAAUUACCUGCUACAACAUUUUCACCAGUUUCUCAUUAAACUUUAUAUAAUAGAAGUCUAUUUGAAAGAAUACUUGAUAAUAAUUUUAAACCUUAUUUUUUAGAUAUAUAAUAUAGAAUGCACUCUGAGAUUAGAAUGUUUCCAUCAGAAUAUUUCUAUUAAAAUAAAUUAAAAGAUCAUGAGUCAACAAAUAUAAGAAAUUUACCAACUAAUUUCUUUAAAAAUAGAGUAUUAUUUUUAGAUAUAAUUGAUGGAUAAGAACAAAAGGAUGGAACAUCAAAUAUUAAUGAAUAAGAAGCCUUAAUUAUAGUUUAAUUAAUUAAAUCUAUAAAAGAAGAAUUUCCAACUUAAACUAUUGGUGUAAUUUGUGCUUAUAAAUCUUAAGUGAGAUAUAUUAAAACAUUACUUAAGUAGAAAUACACAGAUGAAAACUUUUUUGAUUAAACAACAAUUACUAUUAAUACAGUUGAUUCAUUUUAAGUAAUGAUUAAGAUUAUAUAAUUAGGGUUAAGAAAAAGAUAUUAUAUUAUUUAGUUGUGUUCGUUCUUCAUAAACAGGAGGGAUUGGAUUUCUAAAUGAUGGUAGAAGAAUGAAUGUUGCUUUAACAAGAGCUAAAAAUGCUCUAUUUAUUCUUGGAAAUGCUAUAACUGUAUAUUAUUUGAUUUAUUUAGUUAUCAAAAAGUGAUUUAUGGAAAUCUAUGUUGAAGAAUAUUUAACAAAGAUAGCUUUAUCGAAAUCUUGAAUCAUCAUAAUUUUAAUUUCAAUAAGUUUUGAAAAAUGAAUGGAAUGAGGAGAAUAAAACACUCUCUCCAAAACUUUUAGCCUAUCUUAAUUAAACAUCUUAAGGAAAUCAGGAAAAAUCAACAUACAAUAUUUCAGACUUUAAGAUUGAAGUUACAAAGAAUCAAAAAAUUGAUCAAAAAUAGGACUCUGAAAUAAAAAAAUAACAUAAUAAAAAUGAUGUUAAUGAUAAAGAAAGUUAAUAAAGAUUCAAAAUUAUUGUAAAUAACAAAGAGAAGGAUAAAAGUACUUCAGAAUACUAAAUAUCUAAAUAAAUAAUAAAAAAUCAAGAAAGCCAUAAUCAAUAAAAUUAAACUAUUAAGAAUUAUAAGGAUGAUUCAAAAAUAUAAAAUAAUUAAUUUCAAAAUUCAAAAGACACAAAGGCUGAAUAAAAUAAUAAAUAUUAGACAAAUGCUUAGUUGUAAAAUAAAGAGCAUUAAAGUUAUGAAGACUUUGAUUUGAUCAGAUGCCUACGUGAGGAAGGCUUUUUUUGA